GAGAGAGAGGGGUUUCUGUGUUUUCAGUGUUUCUGACCUUUGAUCAGAACAAACAUGGCGUCCGUCAGCAGAGAAAAGAAGCUGCUCUUCUUCCUACGACUCCUCAUCGCUUCCAUCCCAGCAUGCACUGGGCUUCCUGGAGGAGAAGUGUUCCUGGGCAGACCUGAGGCCAGCGUCUUCCUCCGCCGCAGUCGUCGCGCAAACUUCCUGUUCGAGGAGCUGAAGAGAGGCGAUGUGGAGCGCGAGUGUGUGGAGGAGAAAUGCUCCUACGAGGAGGCGAAGGAGAUCUUCACCCUGCCACAGCAGCUGGAAGUCUUCUGGCGGCUGUACACAGCGCCGAAUCACUGCCUGUCGUUUCCCUGUAAGAACGGAGCGACCUGUACUCGCCGGAUCGACACCUACACCUGCAAAUGUCCUCCUGGUUUCCACGGACACAACUGUGACAAAGCACGUUCCACCUCCGGCGGCUGUCGCUACAGAAACGGAGGAUGCGAACAUUUCUGCAGAGAGGUUCCAGAUCGAUCUCACAUCUGUUUCUGCGCUCCGGGCUACAGUCUGGACCGGGACAACAUCACCUGCCAGCCCCAAGAUCGUGUGGCCUGUGGAAGACCUCUGAUCCACUUUGCCCCGAGGGUUAUUAACGGGCAGAUCUGCCCUAAAGGACACUGUCCAUGGCAGGCUCUGCUGACUGAGAACGGAGAUUACACCUGCGGAGCGAUCGUCCUGUCAGAUCGGUGGAUUUUAACUGCAGCUCACUGCGUUUAUAGAAAAACUGCUGCAAGCUUUAAAGUCACUGUGGGAGAACAUGACCGAAACAACGAUGAGAAGACCGAGCAGGAGCGGCAGGUGGUCAAAGUGAUUAUCCACACGGGCUACAACAAGUCCAGCUCCGACAGCGACCUGGCCAUGCUCAAGCUUGGCCGCCCAGUGAAACUGGGACAGUACGUGGUUCCCAUUUGCCUUCCCGCCAUGAAUAGCUCCUUCAUCCGAACACUGUCGAACAUCCGUUACUCCACCGUGUCCGGUUGGGGCCGCCUGUCGCAGUUCGGUCCCCCCUCUCAAUUCCUCCAGAAGUUGAUGCUGCCGAGGGUCCCUCUGCAGGAGUGCCGCCUCCACACCCAGCUCAACAUCACCAGGAACAUGAUCUGCGCCGGGCUGAAGACCGGCGGCCGGGACGCCUGCGAAGGCGACAGCGGCGGCCCUCUGGUAACCCGCUACAAGAAAACCUGGUUCCUGACGGGCGUGGUGAGCUGGGGAAAGGGCUGCGCCAAUAAAAACCUGUACGGCGUGUACACCAAAGUCAGCAACUAUCUGGGCUGGAUCAGGGAUAACAUGUCCACUGUCUGAAACAGGUUCAGGUCAGCACUGGGAUAUGAUGGUUCUACACCAAAACGGUCUGAACUAGAUAAUGUGAUAAAGUUAUAUAUAAGUAUAUUGUAGAGCACAACGCAGUGUUAGAAACAUUACGGUGUCGUCUUUAUAGAGUUGUGAAGUGGGAGUAGCUACUGUGAAACCCGUGUGAAGUUCACCGUAUCCAGGAGACUCCUGUUGAGUAACAGUGAGCAUAACAUUUAAAGUAACAUCUGAGAGUACAGAACGGAGAACGCUUCCUGAUCCAGCAGCUCCUCCCACUUUGCUGCUCUAUAGUCGAUGUUUAGCAAUUUGCCAAUUUUGAAGAGUUUUGAAUUCAUCAUCAAACAAUCCAUAAAUAAAGCAACACGUUCUCACUCCUGACUCGGCACAUAUUGACGCUUGGUCAAGGCCCUUUGACGCUUUUUAACGCCCUGGGCAGCCUUUUAGCGCCAUUUUUAUAUGUUUAAGGCUCCGUGAUAAAGUUGGCAACAAUUAGCAACAACAAAUAUGCAGACUCCUGGUUCAAAGUCGGGGUUCUGGCCCUCCAUCCACCCCAACCACCUACUAUCUCAGUCUGUUUUGUUAAAUAUCAUAUACCUGCCUUUACCGUCAGAAACUGACGCUACAGGGCUUCCCCCACUGCGUUAGAAACUGACACCGAUGGUUCUCGACCAUAGACUGUAUAAAAGAAAUGGACGUAGUUACAGUGACGUCAUCCAUUGGUUUGUGGACUGACUCGAGUUUGGCCGAUAGGGCGCCACCAUGUUGAGUUUUUGUAACUAACUAAGCAGCACCAGACGCGACCAUAUUUCGACGAGACGGUGGAGCUAACGCCACAAUGCCACUAUGAAACACUAUGAAACACUAUCACUGUUUGGCAAUAUUUCUAAACCUGUUCAUGAUCACAAAUUACACAAAUGUUGGUGAUUUUGUUUGUCGCCAGACUCAUAUUCAAGUUAAAAUUGUCCUUUUUUUUUACCCUAAUUAUUCUUGUAAAACAUAAA